AGGCUGCGCUCGCGGGAUGGGCGGGGCGUGCCGCGGUGUUUAGAGCCGCCACGGUCCAGGUCUGCACGCCCGCGGGUUCUUCCUGCAGCCCCGCGCUGGGCAGGGCCGGCCGGGCCCGGCCAUGGAGUCCUACGACAUUAUCGCCAACCAGCCCGUCGUCAUCGACAACGGUUCAGGGGUGAUCAAGGCUGGCUUUGCAGGAGACCAGAUUCCCAAAUACUGUUUCCCAAACUAUGUCGGGCGUCCUAAGCACAUGCGAGUGAUGGCUGGAGCCCUGGAGGGGGACCUCUUCAUUGGACCAAAAGCAGAGGAGCACCGAGGGCUGCUGGCCAUCCGCUACCCCAUGGAGCACGGCGUGGUGCGGGACUGGAAUGACAUGGAGCGCAUCUGGCAGUACGUCUACUCCAAAGAUCAGCUGCAGACUUUCUCUGAGGAGCAUCCUGUGCUCCUAACGGAGGCUCCACUCAACCCAAGUAAGAACCGGGAGAAGGCAGCAGAGGUGUUCUUCGAAACCUUCAACGUGCCAGCCCUGUUUAUCUCCAUGCAGGCCGUGCUCAGCCUGUAUGCAACAGGACGCACGACGGGAGUGGUUUUAGACUCAGGAGAUGGGGUCACUCAUGCUGUCCCCAUCUACGAGGGCUUUGCCAUGCCUCAUUCCAUCAUGCGGGUAGACGUUGCCGGCCGUGACGUCUCCCGCUAUCUCCGGCUCCUGCUGCGCAAGGAAGGAGUUGACUUUCACACCUCAGCCGAGUUCGAGGUUGUCCGGACCAUCAAAGAGCGAGCCUGCUACCUAUCCAUCAACCCGCAGAAGGACGAGGCUCUAGAGACAGAGAAGGUGCAGUACACCUUGCCAGACGGCAGCAUGCUCGACGUGGGGCCAGCGCGCUUCCGGGCCCCCGAGCUGCUGUUCCAGCCAGACCUGGUAGGUGAUGAGAGUGAGGGGCUCCACGAGGUGCUGGCCUUCGCCAUCCACAAGUCCGACAUGGACCUUCGCCGGACGCUGUUUGCCAACAUCGUGCUGUCAGGUGGCUCCACGCUUUUCAAAGGCUUUGGUGACCGAUUGCUAAGUGAAGUGAAGAAGCUUGCCCCAAAGGAUGUCAAAAUCAAGAUCUCGGCCCCACAGGAACGGCUGUACUCCACGUGGAUCGGUGGCUCCAUCUUGGCUUCGCUUGAUACUUUUAAGAAGAUGUGGGUAUCCAAAAAGGAGUAUGAAGAGGAUGGCUCCCGUGCUAUUCAUCGUAAAACCUUCUAGUGCCCAAAGAGGUGUAGCGUGUUAGGAGAGUGGAAGGAAAGAGGAGUCAGAGCCUUUAACCCUUGCUGGUCUGGGCUCAUAUCUCAGGCCUAGGGUCCCCUGCAUGCCCUGACCCCUGGGCAGGUGGGGUAGCCAUGCUUCCCUGCGGCCCUCCCCUGCAGACGUGCAUGCGUGUGCACGCACGCGUGCGCAUGCGUGUGCGAGCUCACACACACAGACACAGUAACAUUUAGCUGCAUGGAUGGAGUCAUGAGCUGGAAUUUAGGAAUUGAGGAGCCUAGCUUUGGAUUGUUCCAGGGAUCUCCCAUGGAAAGGUCUUGUUCUGACCCUUGGGGCUGCUUCCCCAGACUCCAAGGCCAGAUACCCAACAUCCCCGUUUCCUUUGACAGGAUCCCUCCCAGAGCCAGAGUGCCUGGAUGCCUGCGUCACUAGGCUUGAGGCAGGGGGUGGAGGGGUAGGCAGUGGCUCUCCACUGGUGCGUCACUGCUUCCUGUGCCACACCUAGGCAUUCCUUAGCCUAUCACAUUCAGUCCUCCUGUCUUCCGGGGGUGGGGGGGGGGGGAUGCCUUGGUGUGGACUGAGGACUGGGCAGUCUUCCAUCCCCAGCCAAAGGUCUGGCCCAGGAUGACCCUUUGGAGCCAGGGCAGACGAUCACGGGGUCCAGGCGGCUGCAAUUCAUUGUGGUCUCCCUUAAAGCACUUCAUUGACACUGCUCCCUCUCCUUUACCUUAGUGCCCUGGAUGGGAAGGGUUAACAGUCUUCAUUUGUUGAGAGGACACCACUUAAUCUGGAGUCAGACCUAGAGGGCGUAAGGGGGGCCACAUUUCCUUUUCCCACCUCUCCCAUGAAGUGGCCAGGACCCCCACUUCCCUCUCCCAGAUAUGUACAAUAAUUUAACACAGUUGCCUGAAAACUUUUAUAAAUUAUAGUAAUAAUUAUGGACAA